AUGUCCAUCACCAAACCGGAACACUCCGAUGCCAACCCUCAGUUCCAGACUGGCAGCCGGCCGGUGGCUGAGCCCGAGACCCCUGCUGUUCACAAUAACAGUGGAGGCUGGCUCAGCUGGGUCUUUGGGAGUGGAAGAGCUAAUAAGAAGGAGGUUCAUCUACCCGAGGACAAAGACAGAUCUAAGAAGUGUGUACCACCACCUCCACCGAUGGGGACACAUGGAAAUCAGGGGAACACUGGCAGUGUCCCCAAAGGAGUGAAUCCCUACUCUAUGAAAGCAGGAAAGAAGCCAUACCCCUACUCCCAGUGUGGGAAGAGAUUCAGUGGUUUAUCAGGCCUGCAUGUACACAAGCGUAUACAUACAGGAGACAGCCCUUACCCCUGCUCUGACUGUGGAAAGAGUUUCAAAACAUCAACUGAUAUGGCGAAGCAUCAGAGAGUACAUACUGGAGAGAAACCAUAUUACUGUUCUGACUGUGGGCAUAGAUUUUCUCGAUUAGCACAUUUAACAAGACACCAGCAGAUACAUACUGGGGAGAAACAUUAUCACUGCACUGAAUGUGGGAAAAAUUUCAGAGCAAUGAGUACUCUUAAAUCACAUCAGAUGUUACAUACAGGAGAGAAGAGGUAUGGCUGCUCUGACUGUGGGAAAAGGUGUGUUACCUCAGGAAGCCUAAUCAGUAACAAGCGCAUACACACUGCAGAAAAACCUUACUGUUCUUACUGUGACAAGAAAUUUGCACACCGCAAUUCCUUAGCAGCACACAAGCGGUUGCACACAGGAGAAAAUCCUUAUCACUGUCCUGACUGUGGGAAAUCAUUCUCUCAGCUCAGUAACCUAAAAAGACACCAGCAUAGGAUACACACUGGAGAGAAGCCAUAUCACUGCUCUGACUGGGGAAAGUGUUUUGCAACAUUAAGUGUAUUAGUAGUACAUAAGCGAGUUCAUACUGGAGAGAAACCAUACCACUGCACUGAGUUGUACCCGCCCUUUGAUGGAGGCAAUUAA